AUGGACGAUUUUGAUAUUGAAUGGAACAGUCCUCUUUGCCAAAUUUGUUUUUUAAAUAGAUGUGAUGUUAUCAAAUAUCCCGAAUACGAAAAAUAUUGUAAAAAAUGUAUAGAACGUGUAGAAUUCAUCGUUGGAACUGAACGAAAAAAAAUAUCAACAAAUAUUGAUAUUCUAUUAAAAAAAUUCCCAAAUUCUUUCUUCUCCCAUUUGAUCAAGGAUGUAUUUCAAAACGAACGUAUAUUUGAAAUACCAAGAAAUUUUUACCAUCUCGAAGAAAUCGAACGUGUACUUCAAGGUCAAGAAUUGCCAGAAAAUAUCAACACAACUCUCAACAACGAAUUGUGGUAUUUCACAGGAGAAGAACAUAUCACUCUUUUUGAAUCUGAAGAUGUUUGCAAUUGUGGAAAUCUUAAACAAAAAAAAUAUCGUAAUUGUAAAACAUGCCAAGAAAAUUUAAUAAAAGAACGGGCGCCUUGGUGUUUUAAAUGUAACAAAAACAAAGUAAAUUGGGAUUGGAAGACAAAGAAAUAUUUUAAUAAUUGUCAAACUUGUGGGAAUAGAAAAUUAUGUAAUUUAUGUAAAAGAAAUAAACCAGAAUGGAAUCAUGAGAAAAAAAUAUAUUACGAAAUAU